UUGAAUUUCUCGUCUAGGUUGUUUGAAGAAACUGAUGCAACCUGAAUUAAAAAGAAAUGUAAAGUGAAGCCAUAGGUGAAGUGGAUGAGAUGCAUGCCAACACUCAAAAAAACUGAUUAUUCUUCCAUCUUGGGGCAAGUUUUUCAGGGUCAAAGCUUGCCAAACCUUUGAAUUCAGAGCAACCAAGCAACCUUCCUUUUUUCCUAACAAGGUUUUAUAUAAGUAGAUUGGUGGGAUCAGAAGAACAUUGAAAUUGAAGCAAGUUGAUGGAGAUGGGUGGAAAGGCAACAAACGCCAUGCCCAUUAUCAGCAAGCUAUUCUGCUCUUCUUCUCAGGUGGUGCUUGUGGUGAGGAGGAGACCCCGGGUUAUCAAUGGAGGUGGCUUUGUGGUUACAGACUCUAGCCAGACGGUUGUGUUCAAGGUGGAUGGAUGUGGGGUUCUUGGCACAAAAGGGGAGCUGAUUGUUAGGGAUGGUGAUGGAGGUGCCUUGCUUCUCAUCCGUCGGAAGGGAGGGGUGGUUCAGGCAUUAAGCAUUCAUGGGCAAUGGAAGGGCUACAGUUUUGACUACGAAGGAUUGCAGAAAUUGGUUUUCAGCUUGAAGGAACCCAAAUCAUGUCUUGCAAGGAACAACAUCACAAUCAGAACAUCCAUUGAACACAACAGGGGACACAAAAACUGGGAUUUUGAGAUCAAUGGGUAUUUCCCUGAUAGAGAUUGCAGCAUUGUUGACUCCAAAGGCAAUAUAGUUGCACAGGUGGGAGUGAAGAAGGAAGUAGAUGAGUUCAUGGGAAGCAAGGAUCUGUAUCAUGUAGUGAUUAAACCGGGCAUUGACCAGGCAUUUGUUUUCGGGGUUAUUGCAGUUCUUGACUACAUAUAUGGAGAAUCUACAAGGUGCUGAAUCAGGAAUUUUGCAAAUAAUACUUUCAUUUGUUUUCUGGUUUGUACUUAUAUGUAUAUGGAAUUUUAGCAAUAAAAGCCAAGGAUUUAUCUUGUAA